AUGUGCCACUUUCAGGUCUCCUCACACACUGCUGGUGUGUUGAAAUUUUUUGACAUAGGGUGCUGGCAGAUACGGGCCUCCCAAUAGCUGCUGCCAGGCCCCCUAAUCUGCCAUAAGGCCCCUAUAUACCCGCCUCCUCAUGCUGCUGCCAAGUCACAUGUCCAGAGUCCCUGGUCAAGGGUCCUGUACGGCCUCCCAUUGCUGCUGUCUCCAUCGCCACACUCUGCCAUGUGCCACUUUCAGGUCUCUCUCACACACUGCUGGUGUGUCCAAGUCUGUCAUGGGUCCCUGUACGGCCUCCCAUUGCUGCUGUCCAUCAUCGCCACACUCUGCCAUGUGCCACUUUCAGGUC